AUGCUUGGUACCUUGCUAUCUUUCCUAAUCGAGAGCAUUAUGUUUUAUCUAUGGAAUAAGAAGAAGUUCAACACCUACCACUUCAGACCCAUUUGGCCUCGUGUGCUGGAGAAAGUCAAAUCCGAAGCCGAGCUCUUCUUUGAUGACGAUAACUUCGCUUACAAGAUUGCACCUCAUCGAGACGCUGUGGGGUUGAUUCGUAAAUUGGAUAAGGAGGAAAAUUACAACAAAGUUGUGCAAUUUUUGGAAAGAUACGUCUGA